AUGAAGUCUUUUGCCAUCCUCGGGACGGCUCUCUUGGGCCUUCUCGUUCCAGUAACUACCGCGAUAGCGAUUCCGUCUGAGACCACUGAGCUCGCGCCUUUUACGCCAAAACGAGAUGGCCUCGAGGAACGUCAGUCAUCGGCGUGUGUCAAUGGUCCCACUACGAGGAAUUGCUGGACCAGUGGAUUCAACUCUUCUACGGACAUGUACACCUCAUGGCCUAAUACCGGUGUGGUUCGCUCCUACAAUCUACGCAUCGAGAAUACAACUUGCAACCCUGACGGUGCUGGGUCAAGGGUUUGCAUGUUGAUCAAUGGAAGAACUCCGGGUCCCACCAUCGUUGCCAACUGGGGUGACACCAUCAGAAUCACUGUUCGCAACAUGCUUCAAUCCAAUGGCACUUCCAUCCACUGGCACGGCUUCCGCAUGCUCAACAAGAACAUCCAGGAUGGUGUCAACGGGGUAACGGAAUGUGCGGUAGCACCGGGUGACCUCAAGACGUACGAAUUUCAGGCAACCGAAUACGGCACGACAUGGUAUCACUCGCAUUUCUCGCAUCAGUACGGAGAUGGAGUUGUCGGAACGUUCAUUGUCAACGGUCCUGCCACCGCAAACUAUGACGAGGACCUUGGAGUUAUGCCAAUUACAGACUGGUUUUACAAGACCGCCUUUCAAGCAGCCUCCAUCGCAUUCCAGAAUGGACAGGCUGGUCUGGGUCCCCCAGUACCCGACAACAUCCUGAUCAACGGCACUUCUAAGAACGCAGCCGGAGGUGGUGCUUACAAUCGAGUGACGAUGCAAGCGGGUAAGCGCUAUCGUCUGCGACUUGUGAACACUGCAGUCGACACCAGCAUGACUGUUAACCUCGACGGCCAUCCCUUCCAAGUCAUUGCAAACGACUUCGUUCCCGUCGUCCCAUACAACACCACUCACCUUCAACUUGGUAUCGGCCAACGCUACGACGUCAUCAUCACUGCCAACCAAACAGCUGGAAACUACUGGUUCCGCGCCGACGCUAACGGCCUUUGCCAGUCACGCUCCAUUCUCCCAGGACGCGCCAUCUUCACGUACCAAGGACAGACAGUGGCUGAUCCCACCUCAACUGCUCCAACCAACCCCUUCACAAUCUGCGCUGAUCCUAUCACCACCCCGAAAGUCGCAAAGAACGUGCCCAGCACCACAUUCGCCGCCCAAGCCAAGAACCUCCCCGUCGCUUUCGGUCCAGUAGCAGCAAAUGGCAACACAGUUCUGUGGACCAUCAACGGCACGUCCAUCAUCAUCGACCCCGGAAAGCCGACCGUCCAAUAUGUUGCAGAGAACAACAACAGUAUCCCGCAAUCUUACAACGUUGUGCAGGUACCAUCAACAUCGGCAUCCACUUGGACUUACUGGGUCAUACAACAAGCUGUAGGAGCACCGCCCAUCGCCCACCCCAUCCAUCUUCACGGCCAUGACAGCUAUGUCCUUGGCGGCGGUGACGGCCAAUUCAGCAUGGCAACGCAUUUCAGCUCGCUUCGCUUCACCAACCCACCGCGUCGCGACGUUGUUCAGCUCAGAGGGAGUGGGUGGCUCGUUCUCGCAUAUCCGACUGAUAACCCCGGUGCUUGGCUCAUGCACUGCCACAUCGCCUUCCACGUCGGCAUGGGCCUCGGCAUCCAGUUCCUGGAGCGCAAAUCCGAAAUCAAUCUUCCGGCUGCUGGCUCUGAGUGGAAGCAGAAUUGCGCUAAUUGGGCUGCUUACAAGGCUGGGACGACGGAUGUUUGGCCUCAGGACGACUCUGGUCUUAAGAAGCGUUGGCCUCCUCUUGUUGAGGGUACCUCGUCGUUCAUGCUGGACUAG